CUCAUCUACAGAGGAAGUUGAUAAUAUCGAAUUGAGCUGCCCUUUGUCGGGACUCGUCGGAUGAAGAUUGAUACAUGUUAACGUGAUCCAAGAAAGUAUGGAUUUGGAAGAGCGGUUGCCAGUCAAUUAUCAUCAGCAAUCAUAUUCAAAUAAUUCAUCAUCGGAGAAUCAGCAGUUCAUUAGAGUAGCUGAGAUUGGGUUGAAAAAUAUUGUUGACAUUUGUGAAAAUCAUGUUGUAGGGCAAACAAAAUCAGUUCAAGAAAUUGUCACCCUUUGUUCAAAAAUAACAGGUUAUGAAUUUUACUGUAAUCAGAUUGUGACGUUUUGUAAUCAAAUUUUUUCAGAGACUCUCAACAGCAGUCACACCAUUAUAAACCUGUGUAAAUCAUUCAAAAAAUUAGAUUUGAAGUCAGUGGUUGAUGAUUCAAGUAAACAAGGGAAAGAUAACUCAGACCUAAAUAAAACAACACCGCCUUCUACUGCCAAAACUGAUGAUACUGUUACCAUUAAAAAUGAGUUGCCUUUACCAUCAAAUGAAAGAGUGGAUCAAAGCAAAAACUCUGAAAGUCGUGCAAAAAGUGAAAAUAAAAACAAAGAUGACAAAAAGGUAAAAAAAAAAUCAAGAAAGUCACGUCCAGUUAAAAGAUCAAAUCACAAGGCCAAGGAAACUGAAGAUCUGGGCUUUACUGAUGAAGAUGAAUCAGACAACGAGGAAUCAGAGACUUUGCUCAAUGAUGAUACAUUCGAUGAUUAUGAUAUUGAAGAAGAAGAAGAAGAAGAAGAAGUUAGUGAGAUUGAAGAUGACUUGGGAGAUUCUAGUGACCCUGAAUGGAAAGUUGCAAAACCUUUGAAGCAGAAAACAAAAAAAUCAUCAAAAAAGCAAACAGAGACGCCUGAUUCUAGUCCCGUAAAAUCAUCAACUUCGUCAGAUUUAACGUGUGAAUUCUGUGGGAAAAUCUGUAAAACUAAAACAAUUCUUCGUGAACAUCGUAGAAUUCAUACGGGGGAGCGGCCUUACGUUUGUGAAGUUUGCGGAAAUACAUUCAGUCAGAAUUAUCACCUGAAAGCUCAUCAGCUGACUCACAUGACGACGAGGGAUGUAGCUUGUGAACUCUGCGAUUACACAUGUCAGAGUAAAGAUCGCUUGACACGUCACAUGGUCGUUCAUUCAAAUGAGAAGAAAUAUCAGUGUGCAGAGUGCGGAAAACGAUAUCCUCGCAGGGGCUCCUUGCGUAUUCAUAUGAACACACACUUGGGUAUCAAACCGUGGGCAUGUGAUCAAUGUGAUAAACGAUUCGUUAGAAAAUGUCACAUGAUCAAACAUAAAUUAGUUCACACGGAUGAAAUGAAAUAUUCAUGUGAGAUUUGUGGGAAACGAUCUCAUCAGUCGUAUAACAUCGUCGUGCACAUGCGAACUCACACAGGCCAAAAACCCUACUCCUGUGAAACAUGUGGUAAAACGUUUGCUCAUAGCGUAUCACUACGCACACAUAAAGACACAUGUACUGGUAAAGUUGUUACAGAGUACUUACCCAGUAGUGGAACUUUAAGCAAUCCUGGACAAUUAAGUCUACCAAAUUCCGGGCACAUGUCUAAUAUUGGGCAUUAUUAACUAUUUGUUUGUUAAGGGUAUAAAUGUUAUCAUUAUUGUACUUUUAUUUAUAUACACAAGAUUUAUUAGUUCAAUCAUCAUUGUUUCAAGCUUCUACUCUUUUAAUAUGCGGGGGUUCGACGGCCGAAUGGUUAAUGUGUGCACGUUGUAUCAUAAAGUCUGUCAUUGAGUCAACUGGUGUGGUUUUGAUUCCCCGAUUGUAUGUGACAAGGAAAAGGGUCACCUGUCCAACCUCAUGGGUUUUCUCUGGGUCCUCUGGUUUCCUCCCACUGAUAUAGACUCCAAACUAUUGAAAUAAAAUAGAACCAUAUUUUAGUCCCAAAAUGACCUAGUUUGUGUCGAGUGUAAACAUUUAAACUAUAAAUUUUGAUAACAAUCCGUAGGUCCGACAUCCACAAUUGCUUGUGGAUGGUCUAGAGGUUAAAUUAUUAUCCGAUCGACUUCAAAUUUAGACAUAAUGUUUACGGUUAUGAGACAAAGAAGUAUAUUUCCAAUAAUGACUGCCAGAGUUAUGGCCCUUGAUUAUUUUGAAAAAUUUUGUUGACCUGUUAGAAGUUAAAGUUUACAUCGGACAUGAAAUUGAUACACAGUGUUUAAGGUCAUAAGACGAAAUGAAAUAGGGGUUAACAUCCUACUGUUCUGCUCCGACUGGAUUAAUGAAGACGGGCAUAUGGCAUUUGGGAAAUUUUGCCUAGACAGCGGCGAAGCGGCUUACUCCUAUAUCAAAUUUUGACUGCUAAGGGAUCUUUUAGGUGCACGCCCACGUGUACACAGGACCUCAGUUUUUUAUCCCAUCCUAACGACUAGACAGCUGUCUUUGUCAGGCCCUCCGUCCUGCACCACUGAUAAGGAGAAACCAAGCUGGAAAAUUCUGAUGAACUUUCUCGGCUAACACAUCUAUUGAUUUUCAAAGAUUUCAAAUAAUUGCUGUCAGGGUUAUUGCCCUUGAUAACUUUAAACAAUCUUAUUCUCUUUAAAAAAAAUCUUGUGAACCUUCUCAGGGUUCAACUUGUUUUCUGAUUGAUUUGAAUCGAAAUUAAUGCAGUGUUUCAUGUGCCAAAACCUACAUAUAUGAAUUUUCAAAGAUUUCAGAGAACUCAAACUUUUAGUAUUGUUACCGUUAAAUGUUUUGGAUAAUGAAUGUUAGGAUCUUGAAGAACUAGAAGCCAAUCAAAUUUUUCAACUAUUUCUUCUAAUUACUUAAUGAAUUGUUAUUCUUGUUCAGUUUUUAGUGAUGUUUACCUGCUCCACUUUGUUACAAAACAAUAAAUGUAUGUGACAACCCAUGUGGAUUGCUCAGAUGCCUUAGUUGCUGUGAGCAUGUUUUGUCGCCUGGCAAUCUAUCUUUAUUAUACUCUAGGAAUUCUUUAUAAAACAAGUACGAUCGUACUAUGGACCAGGAACUGACCACUGACCAUGUUGUUGGAUGAAAUUUAAAAAUCUUAUUCACCAAAUUGAUGCAGAAUUGUUCAAAGAAAAAACAUGGCAAUUUUCAUGGCGAUUGGAGUUGAAUUGACAGAGCCUUAGGCUUUUUCGAAGAGCGUCACCUCAAGAACAACAACAAGAUGAGUAGCAACCAGUCCCUCAUCCAUAAAUAAUCAGACAAAACGUUUUAUAUUGCAGUAUAAAAUACUGAAUUUUGAUAGAUGGUAUUUUAUUUUAAAAUCAGGUCUUUAAAAAGUUUGAUAUAUU